AUGCAAAAACUACCAGAUUCCCAGAGACUUAAAGAAGCAGUGAAAGAUAGUUCUAUUUUUGCUGCCAUAUAUCUUAUCUGUCCAGCAGUUGGGUAUGCCGUUAUUGAAGCAUUUGAUGAUGAAAAUUUGAAGAAUAUAAUUAAAAUUCUAAAGGAGAAUUUUAGAGCUCACAGAUUUCAAAAUGCAGCAUUAGCAGGAUACCCAGUCAUCCUUAGUUUUCAGAACCUGGCACCGGAGGUGAAUCCACAAAAAAUGACAAUAUCAGUAAAUAAGGUUAUUUGA